AUGCUGUCUGAAAUUACCGAAGACAUCGACGCUGUGGCUAAUGGGGACCUGUUUCGUUUGGUUGUAGAACAUCUUCUCGAACAUUGGGCCCAUGAACCUUCUGUAUUUGAUAUGCUGAAUCAGAUGUUGAAAGUUGACCUGCCCAUAAGAGGUAUUGCCAAACGCCUUCUCGGGGAGGAGUUAAUUGCCAGAUUUCAAGAAUUGUAA